AUGGAGAUGAGGAAGAUCGCCUGCGCCGUCCUCGUCGCCGCCGCCUCGGCGACCGCCGCCGUGGCCGGUGACGCCGCCGCCCCCGCGCCGGCGCCCGCCAGCGGCGCCUCCGCCGUGGCCGCCUCCCUCUUCGGAGCCUCCCUCCUCUCCUUCCUCGCCUUCUACCUGCAGUAA